UCGGUUGUUCAGUACAGCAGCGAUCCAGCCGUCCAGUUCUAUCUGAACACGUACACCACAAAAAGAGAGGUCCUUGACAGUGUCAGAGGUUUGAGGCACAAAGGCGGACGACCCCUCAACACUGGAGCAGCUCUCCGGUACUUGAGGGAUAACGUCUUCACGGCCUCUGCCGGAAGCAGGCGGCCAUCAGGAGUUCCGCAGGUCCUAAUAUUGAUCACUGGUGGAAGAUCAUUUGACAGUAUUGAUGAACCAGCCUCUGCUCUCAAACAGCUGGGUGUCUUGACCAUUGCAAUUGGAACCCGAGGCUCUGACCCCAGAGAACUUCAGACCAUAACUGGCGAGCCCAGUUAUGCUCUAUCUGUGUCUGAACUUACUGACCUACCCAAAGUGCAACAGCAACUUGAGUCCUCUGUGGAAGCUGCAGUUUUUGAAGUCACCCCAGAAUUACCAACCGUAAUUGCUUCACGUGACAGAAAAGAUAUUGUAUUCCUUCUGGAUGGUUCUGAUGGCACAAGGAAUGGCUUUCCUGCCAUGCGUGAUUUGUAG